AUGGGAUAUGAUAAGGGACGUUCCGGAUGGUAUUUGAAAGCUGCAAGGACUACACAUGCACCACCUGCAUCUGCAAUAGCUUCAGCUUCAGCCUCAACCUCAGCCUCUGCUCCAGUAUCAACAGUUGCUCAAUCUUCUUCCACACAAGAUUUUGGCUCAUCUCCAAAAGCACCUUCUUGGUUCUUAUCCUUUCAACAUGAUUUCUCUAGUUUCUCUUCUAAAAGUGGAGAUGAUGAUGAUGCUGCUUCUGUAGAAAACGAAGGAAAUUCUGAAGAUGAAGGUGAUGAAGAAAAUACUGAAGAAGAAGGGACUCAAGAAGAAGGGGGAGAAGAGGAAGAGAAAGGAGAUGGUUCUCAAGAAGAAAACUAG